GCCCAAAUUAAGGUCACAGGCAGUAAAGGUACGCGGUGGGGGGGAGGUGGGGGGGCCUCACUGAUAACUCUUCCUGGGGCGGCACUUAGGCAUGUAAGGCUCUCCGGUCCACUCCACAGCAUGAGUAGUCAAGCCUCUCAAGUUCUGGUGACGGGAGCCUCGGGGCUGCUGGGACGAGCGGUGUGUGCUGUCCUUAGGGAGAAAGGCUAUGCAGUGAGUGGGGUGGCCUUCUCUAGAGCUGGUCCAGGGUUGAUUAAGUGUGACCUAACAGACCAAGAGGCUGUAAAGGAUUUAAUAGAAAAGGAAAAGCCAAAUUUCAUCAUUCAUGCAGCUGCUGAGCGAUUCCCUGAUGUUGUGGAGAAAAAGUAUGAGGAAACUCGACUCCUUAAUAUAAAGACUGCUGGCCACAUCGCCUCUGUUGCGCACCGGAUAAAGUGUCGAAUGAUACACAUCAGCACAGACUAUGUAUUUGAUGGUACGUCUCCGCCCUACAAAGUGGGUGACAAGUGCAACCCCCUCAGCAAGUACGGACUCACUAAAAUGGAGUCUGAGGAAGCAGUCUUGGCUGCUGCACCAGAUGCAUGUGUCUUGAGGAUCCCUGUGCUGUACGGUUCUGUUGAGAAGCUGGAGGAGAGUGCCAUCACAUGUCUCCUGAGUGUCCUGAAGAGCAAGGAAUCCAAGGCUGUGUCUCACCAUGACCGCCGGUGCCCAGCUCACGCCAGGGACAUAGCACUCAUCCUUGCCGACAUGAUAGCUCUCAUUGCAAAGGGGCAGAACCUCAGUGGAACAUACCAGUGGAGUGGACAAGAGAAGCUCACCAAGUAUGAGAUGACCCUGACAAUGGCUCGGGUGUUCUCCCUUCCUCAUGACCACGUCACUCCCUCCACCGAUGCUAGCCCCCUGCGACCCUAUGACCCUGAGAUGGAUGUCAGCCGCCUCACUGACCUUGGGAUAAGCCACCACACCAAGUUUGAGGAGGGCAUAAAGGAAUGUUUGUCCCAAUGGUUGUGAGGGACGGUGGUGGAGUGAAGACAGCACGCUCUUGCCAAGCCUUAGUGAUAUAAUGAGAAGUGAGGGAGGUGGAGGCUGCUAUUUUUUGUGAUAUAAGAAGGGAGAGAUAUAGAAAUUAAUUUUGUAUAUCAUAGGAGGUGAGGGAAAUUGAAUGCAUAAUUUUUUAGAUAUUUUAUGGUGUGUAAUUGACUUUUUUUGGGUUUAUCUCUGUGUGAGAGUAAUUAAGAUUUUUUUUACUUGACUCUUGAUGAAUGAUGUUUAGAAUGAAUCUUAAUUGUUGUUAUCCUCAGGUUUCCAUAAGAUGGGAGCACUGGCAUGGGUUGAGGUUAUUAUUCUAGUUGGUAAGGGAUGUUUUGUUUGCUGUUAAAAUAUUCUUUUUAUAAAUUAAUAUAAUGAA